AAAAUAAAAGUAAAUAAAAGUCUUUAUUCUUUAGCCUGAAAUAUUUUGUGAAGUUAACACUAUCAGCCAGAAGAGGGAGAUCUUGUCAACCAUUUUUAAGCUGCACCAGUAGAUGUGUUCAUCAUGUUAUACCUCCACACUCCUCCCUUUGACUCACAAUAACACACUCCCAUCUUUUCACUGACUAACAAAGAAUAGCUGCUGAUGUCGGUCGGUAUGAAAAUUCCAGGGAUAUUUAUUAGCAAAGAAAGGAUUAUUUUCUUGCUGAAGGUUCAACAACCAAACAGACACAUGGAUUUUUAAAAGGAUCUAUAUUCUAUUAUAUUUAAGUAAAGGGAUCCAAGAUAUGGACAUCCAAAGCCCAAGAAAGGACUGGAAAUGGCAAGUAGUAUAUUUAUUUUUCCUGUAUAGGUGGGGCUGGGUUUCUGGGCAGCUUCGAUAUUCUAUUGCAGAGGAGUCAGAACCAGGAACAUUGGCAGGGAAUGUUGCUCUGGAUCUGGAUUUAAAUCUGUCAGAUAUUAAGAAACGGAAAGUGAGUUUGGGAUCUGAUGGAAAUGGCAGAUAUUUUUUUGUUCACCAGAAAACCGGAGCUUUGACUGUUAGAGAUAGGAUUGAUAGAGAAAUCCUCUGCGGAUCUAGUUUAACGUGUGUAUUACCUUUGGAACUAGGCACUGAAAAUCCUUUUGAACUCUUCAGUAUAGAAAUAGAAAUAUUCGAUAUCAAUGAUAAUUCUCCAAUGUUUUCUUCAGAUAACCAAAUUAUAAAAAUUACAGAGAUAUUUGCAAAACCAGGUGUUAGAUUUCCUCUAGAUACUGCUCGGGAUUCAGAUGUAGGAAUCAAUGGUAUUAGCCAGUACAAGAUUAACCCAAACCCAUUAUUUUCAUUGUCUGUAAAGAACCGAAAAGAUGGGUCACUCAUUGCAGAAUUAGUACUUGAAAAAAAUUUAGAUAGAGAAGAAAAGGGGCAACACAAACUAUUCCUUACUGCCUUUGAUGGAGGAGAACAACCAAGAUCUAGUUCUACCCAAAUAACAAUCAUUGUCUUAGAUGUUAAUGACAAUGCCCCAGAGUUUGAUCAGCCAAGUUAUAAACUCACUAUACAUGAAAAUCUCCCUUUAAGGAAGGUGAUUAUGAAGCUUAAUGCCACAGAUCUAGAUGAGGGAGUUAAUGCUGAAAUUACUUAUGUCUUUGAUCAUCACACAUUGGAUGCAGCAAAAGAAAUAUUUGAUUUGAAUCCAGACACAGGGGAAAUAUAUAUAAAAGCAAUGGUGGAUUUUGAAGAGUCAAAAUUUUACGAGUUAUUUGUCAAAGCAAUAGAUAAAGGCACACCAAAACUAGAGGGCCGCUGCCUUGUUCAAGUUGAAGUGGAGGAUGUAAAUGAUAAUAGACCAGAAAUAAUUUUUACCUCUAAGACCAAGGUGGUGCCCGAAGAUGCUCCUAUAGGAACUGUAGUUGGAUUUAUUACUGUGAAUGAUAAGGAUUCAGGGAAAAAUGGAGACGUUCGAUUGGAUGUAUCAUCAAAUUUGCCUUUUAAAAUUCAGCCAUUCAAAAGCAGAUAUUCAUUGGUGACUAGUGAACAACUGGACAGAGAGAAGACUGCACAAUAUACAAUUCACGUUACAGCUUCUGAUUUAGGUUCUCCUGCGCUGAGUAGUCAGACUGUGAUAGUUCUCAGUGUAUUUGAUGUCAAUGAUAAUUUUCCAAUGUUUUCUCAGUCUGUUUACAAUGCCCAUAUAAAAGAAAACAAUGAACCUGGCACUUUUUUAUGUACUGUUUCUGCCACUGAUCCAGAUGAGGGAUCAAAUUCAGAGCUAACUUAUUUUAUUGCUGAAAGUCAAAUCAAUGGUUCUUCUGUAUCUUCAUUUGUAUACAUCAAUAAAAAUACUGGGGACAUUUAUUCUCAGCGAUCUUUUGAUUAUGAAUCUUUUCAAAUUCUACAAAUAACUGUGAAGGUGGAAGAUUCUGGAUCUCCAAAAUUAUCCUCAGAUGUACCAAUCUUUAUAUUUAUUUUGGAUACAAAUGAUAAUAACCCCACUGUAUUAUACCCACAAAAUGCAAUGGGGUUUAUAGCCCAAGAGAAGAUUUCACAAUCUGCUUCUGUUGGUUAUUUGGUUAGCAAAAUAUCUGCAGUGGAUCUUGAUUCUGGACACAAUGCUUGGCUUAUGUACAGGAUUCUUCAACCUGCAAGUCAAACAUUAUUUCAAAUCUCUACCUAUACAGGAGAAAUAAGAAUAAUUCGAAGUUUCCAUGAAAUGGAUAAUACUGAGCAACAUCUUGUCAUUUCAGUCAGUGACCAUGGAGAACCAAGUUUGUCAGCUACUGUUUCAAUAAUUGUUAAUAUAGCGGAAAAUAUUGCACAAGAGUUACCACAAUCUCAAGACAUGAUCCCAAAUUCCCAAACAUCACCAAAUGUGACUUUAUACUUAAUCAUUUCAUUGGUGGCCAUUAGUGUAGUUUCUCUUAUUACUUUCAUCAUCUUGCUUGUGAAAUGCUUAAAAAGAGAAAACUAUGGAAGUAGCUGUGGAUUUUGUUUUCCAAGCAAAUACCAGGCCAAGAAUUACACAGAACAGUAUAAGCCCACACUUUACCUGAAUGCAGAUGGGACCUUAAAAUACAUGGAAGUAAGAAUGGCUCCCCCGGAAACAGAAGGACAAUGUUAUCAGGCGUGUUUCCCUUCGACUACUGAGAAAAAAUAUUUUACAUAUAUGAAGCCUAUGGAUUAUCCCCAGGUAAAUGAUUUCUUAGGUGAUGCUGAGCCCAAUAACACAACCAGUACUAAUGAAACAAACCAGCAGGCACAACCUAACGCAGAUUGGCGGUUCUCUCAAGCUACUCAGAACCCUGGACCCAGUGGGACUCAGCCCACGGAGGAAGCUGGAGUUUGGCCAAACAACCAAUUUGAAACAGAAAGACUUCAAGCAAUGAUUUUGGCAUCUGCGAAUGAAGCUGCUGAGGGAACAUCAGGCCUUGGAGGUGGAACAGGAACAAUGGGACUCAGCGCCCGCUAUGGACCUCAGUUUACCCUGCAGCAUGUCCCUGACUACAGACAGAAUGUUUACAUUCCAGGAAGCACACUGACUCCUACGAAUGGAGGAGGGAAGCGGGAAGGGAAAAACAAAAAGAAAUCCAGCAAAAAGGAUAAGAAGUAAUCAGUGACAUUUAUUAAUCAAGCAGAAUUCCCCAAGCGAAUUUGUGAAAGAGAAUCUGAAUGUCAUCUGAGCUAUUUGCAAAACGAUUCUUUGAAACCAGAUAAUUCUGCCUCUAGUUCUUAUGGUGUAUGGAACAAGUGCCCUGUCAAUAUUAGGCCACGUUUUGUACCAGUGCAAGGUCAUUUCAUAGUAGAUAAUAUGCACACUUUUUACAAACUGCUAAAAAUAUGGUUUGUGUCCACAGUUAAAAUUGCGGAACUUCUUCCAAAUGUAAAUAAUUGCAGCAAAAUAUCUAUUUAUAAUUUAGACGCAGUCGGGUAUUCAAGAAAAGAUCCAAACGUGUGUCCCUUCUUUUCCAAAUCUCUGUGAUUUUUGUUUUCAAGAAUCCACUGGCAGUAAAUGAGUGUGUCUGAAUGUAAAGUUAGCUGAGGUUUUGGGGACUGUCCAAAAAUACACUGCGGACGGUCAUGAUCAUUUGAAGCCAGACAUUUCUCCAGCCAGUAAUUUAUGUGACCUCAGAAUAUGACAAAUUUGAGAAAAGAAAGAAGCAACAUUUAAAUAGUUGAAAUUUCUCUGCAUGCCCUUCACAAAGAAAAAAAUAUCUUGAAACUGGAGCAAAGUUGAUCAAAAAUUGUAAAAAAAAAAAAAAAAAAAAAAAUCUUGUAGUGAUUGUACAACUACUAAUGAAAAUGUGUCCAUGGUGUUAUUUUAAUACUGUAAUUAUUGGUGAUUUAUUUGUUUUAUGUUUUUAUUUUUUUUUAUUUGUUUGAUUUAGUUUUUUUGAAGAACAAAAGUUCAUCUCCUGUACCAAAAGUGAAUGAGUUGGGAGAAAUGAAAAAGACUAAAAAAAAAAAACACCUAUAAAAAAUGAUGCAAGACUUUUAGGAUUUUCUUGACUCAAGAGAAUGCUCAAGAGUUUUAUUACACGUUCUGCACAGUGAAAUGCAUGUACAAAACCUCACUCUGCUUUGGCAUCUUCACCAGACUGUGUUGCAUGCUUCCAGCAUGGGAUAAUUCAUUCUUUAUAUAGGAUGGUAUAUAAGUGAGCCUGUUUAGUGCAGGUCAAAUAAGUAUGUGAUUAGAAAGGCACUUUUAUGGCUGAAGGAAUAAAGACACAGAUCAGCAACUGUUCCAGUCUGUACAAAUACAACAUUUACUGACACGGCCAGAA